AUGAAGAAGACAAUCGCAAUUGGUAAAAUCAAUUUUAUGUGGGUGGAGGUUGUGUUUUACGUAUUGGAGGUGUAUAAAAAUACACAGAGAAUGCGAUAUAUAAGCCUCUUUCAACGCAUCGAAAGUAAAAUGACUGACAUCACGGCAGAAUUGAAUGAGAUAACUCCUAUCAAGGAUGAAACGGACGCCCACAUAAAGGAAUCGGAACAAUAUAUGCAUCACUGCAUUAGGAGGAUGGACAGUUUACCAGAUCGCCAUCCAGAGAAGGAGACAUUGAUUGAAAGAUAUACUGAUGCUUAUGUCAUGAAAAAAAUGAAAAAACUAUACCUACCGGAUAAAGAAAAAUUAACCAAUAAAGCAUUGAAUCUCAUGAAAGUCAAAAAUGUUUGUGACCGCAUAAUUGGAUUGCCCAAUGGGCCUACAGUACAGCCCAUUUCAAGCUUUCAAAUCUUGUGUUACACAAGGAUCUCAAGGUGGAGAAAAAUUAAAUAUAACAUAGACUUUAAUAUAACCAUUUUUGGGAUAUAACUAUAACACAUUUUUUUGUAUAUAUAUUAUUGCUGUUCAUACAUGGUUCGAAUUAUCAUAAUAAGUUGAACUUUUUUUU